UCGGUGCGCGGGGGGCGAUGGCGGCGCCGCCCCGGGGGUCCCGCAGCGCCCGGGCCCUGCCCGCCCGCGGGUGGUACCUGUCCGCCCGCCUGCGGGACCACCAGGACGACGAGGAGGACGAGGAGGAGGAGGACGGGGAGUCCGCCCCGCUGCUGCCGCCGCCGCCGGCGGGCAGCGUGCGUAGUUCUUCAAGUCGUGGUUCCUCCUUUGCUUUCUCAGUGUUCAACCUAAUGAAUGCCAUCAUGGGCAGUGGGAUACUUGGCUUAUCCUAUGCUAUGGCCAACACAGGGAUCAUGGGCUUUAGUAUCUUGCUGCUGAUCGUUGCCAGCCUUGCUUCUUACUCUGUGUUUCUCCUGCUCAGUAUGUGCACUCAGACUGCUGCCACUUCUUAUGAAGACCUUGGCCUGUUUGCCUUUGGAUCAACUGGAAAGGUCCUGGUUGCAACUACAAUAAUUAUCCAGAAUAUUGGAGCCAUGUCAUCUUAUCUGUUAAUUGUGAAGUCUGAGCUUCCUGGGGCUGUUGCAGGGUUCUUGAGUGAAGCCGAGAGCGGGUCUUGGUACCUCGAUGGGAGGCUGCUGCUGCUCAUUACUUCAGUCUGCAUUGUUUUCCCUCUUGCCCUUCUUCCUAAAAUUGGCUUUCUUGGCUACACAAGUAGUUUAUCAUUUUUCUUUAUGGUGUACUUUACUCUUGUGGUUAUGAUUAAAAAAUGGUCGAUCCCUUGUCCUCUUCCUCUGAGUAGUGCCAUAGAGGCUUUACAGGUUUCAAAUUCUACCGGGGAUUGUAAAGCAAAGCUCUUUCAUCUUUCAAAAGAGAGUGCUUAUGCAAUACCAACCAUGGCCUUCUCUUUUCUCUGCCAUACCUCAGUCUUACCCAUCUACUGUGAGCUCCAAAGUCCAUCCAAAAGCAGAAUGCAGAAUGUAACUGUCACAGGAAUUGGUCUGAGUUUCCUAAUUUACUUUAUGUCUGCUCUGUUUGGGUACCUGACAUUUUAUGACAAAGUGGACUCUGAAUUGCUGAGAGGUUACUCCAGGUACCUGCCCCACGAUAUGGUCAUCAUGACUGUUAAAGUAGCCAUCCUGUUUGCUGUGCUCUUGACAGUGCCUCUAAUCCAUUUCCCAGCAAGGAAGGCCGUGUUGAUGGUAUUUUUCUCUCAUCUUCCCAUGUCGUGGAUUUGCCAUAUCCUCGUCACUUUGACCCUGAAUGCUGUUGUUGUUUUAUUUGCCAUGUACGUGCCAGACAUUAAAAAUGUAUUUGGAGUAGUUGGUUCAACCACAUCAACCUGUUUGCUUUUUGUGUAUCCUGGACUAUUUUAUCUUAAACUUAGCAGAGAGGACUUCGUAUCACCACAGAAACUUGGGGCGUGUGCCUUGGUUAUUUUUGGCAUUUGUGUUGGCCUUCUGAGUUUAGUUCUAAUAAUUUACAAUUGGGUUGAUCAUUAGCAGCCUCCUGACACACUGUCUGAACUGAGCCUCAGGAGGACAGCAAGAACCAGGGACGUGGCAACACUACAGCAAUGAAGGCUGGACAUCCUAAGGAAACACUGACCAAAGCUGCCUGUGGAAGAAAUGAAAAUGCUCUUUUCAACUGCAUUUGUGAUGGUCCUGCUUUAAUCUUCAGUCACUCUCUUCAGUUACUGGACAAUUUGUUUUUGCCAUUCUGAAACAGUGCUUUUUAGUGACAUAACAAUGACAGGUGAAGAGGUCUCUCGAGAGUUUCUGCAAUGCAAAAAUGGUUGUGGGGCACAUAAGUGAACAAAAGUAGAACUUUGAAAUAACUCCCCCUUUAAAGACAACGAGGUGAACAGGUAUUAUAUCAGUCAUUAUGUGCAUAUCAUGAUAUGUGCUGUUAGAAUAGUGCACGUUAUCCUAAACUGUGCAAGACUUCCAUUGCUUGAAUAAUUUCCAAGACUUCAGCCAGUUCAUAGUAAGAACUGUCUGAUUCCAAGUGUUUACGCUAAUUUAUCCUAAGAUGGAUCCAGAAACCAGCUGCCUUAGCCCAGUUUAAUGGGCAUGUCAUAAUAAUAUUUGUUAAUUGCUUUUUGAAAUACAGUUUUUAUGUGUCAGCACUCUUGAAUCAUACUGAUGCAAUUGUUAAAUUAGCAGGCUUUGCCUAUUGAGCACAAUAGCUUUUAGUAGCAUUAGGAAGUACUUUCAUUUUGCAGUUAAUAAUAGACAUUUUUCAAUUAGUAUCUGCUUUUGAAUACUACUCAGUAUUACUCCCAGUGAAAGACUUUCUUCUUUUUCUCUCUCAUUCCCAUUUUUACAAGUGUUACAGGUUUGAACUAGAGUGUUUCCAGAUUUUAUGUUCUGUUGUGUGUCAGAGAAGGUUUGGGCUUGAAAGGUGAAAAUCUGUCUCUGUUGAAGACGAAUAGGGAGGAACAACAAAGAGUAGAGUUGGAAUCACUUUCUCUAUUCCUGAGCCUGCAGACUAGGAUUUUUCAUGCCAACAGAUCACUUGGCUUUCUCAGGAUCCAUAAGAUACUUUUCAUUUUUGAUGGAUGGCCCGAAGGCACCAGGGUGGUGCAGCUUGGUACUGCCUCAGGAGUCCUUUUUGCUAGGAAAUAUCUUUCUACUUAGGGGUUUAAUAUAGAAAUAGGCAUGUGUGGUGAGGCCUGGGAACCAACUCAGAAGUUUUGGUAGGUUCCCAAAGAAAAGAAUCCCUGGAAAAUACUGUAGCUAUUUUUAUAAUAAAGUUUCUUGCAGAGGUUUUAUGAUUCCAGGUGAGCUGUCUAAUCGUUUGGCAGUACCAGAAACAGCAUGUCCACUCUUGGCCAGGAGUUUCCAGCUCCUUCUGUGGCACUGGCAGUGGCUCCUAUCAGCUUGUUUAACCAGCAGAAAACCAACAUGGCUGAGAGAUGUGACAUGUUAUCUGCCAAAAAAAAUUAACUUCCCUUUAUUCUUGCAGUUCUCCCGACUUGUUUAGCUCUUGGUAGCCAGGUGUAGCUGCCUUCCUGCCUGUGGCUGCCCUCUGAUAGCUGUGUCUCCUGGGCUUCAUUGCACUACAGGGAUUCAGACGCUCAGGGAGUCUCUGGCAGUACUGUAAAAAGCUAAAUAUAUACCUUCCAAAAGUGUGCCUUCAGCAAGCAGUGACAGCUGUACAUCAGGAAGUGAUUUCCUGUGUGACUGAACCAAAACUUCGUAGGAAAACAGAAGAUCUUACAUUGAUGAGAAUGAACUCAGGGAUUUUUGUCAGACAUUAGAAUUUAGGGAGCGUAUUUAUUAGAAUUCUUAUGGAAAUUUUUUCUCAUUUAUUAUAUCUGCUCUUGUAGAUACUAUGGAGUAGUACCUGUAGGACAUCACUGCAGUCACUUUAUUUUAGACUAACCAACAAGGCUUAACUGAAUACUUAGAUGAUCUGUGAGGGGACAGGAAGUUGGCAAAGCUUUGCUAAGCUUUUGCUCUUUCGUCCUCCCCCCUGAAAAAGCUGAGUCUUGCCAUGCUCUGUUGCCCCCGGGCAGUUGGGUUUGUGUGCAUCAUCUUAAAAAUGUGACUGAGAAAAUACCUGAAAUGCAGUGUUAAUUUUACAGUGGAUUCCUGUCACGCUGCAGAAAUCACCACAGUAUUGUUUUUAAUCCCUGGGUAUUAUCCUAACUAGCCUGGCUGUCAACUGACUGUUCUGAUAGGUAGACUUUGGAAUGAUUGAAUGCCAGUGUAUGAAGUUAAUACUUGGUGAGGAUGAAUGGAAGCAAUUCACAGCUCUGCUGAGCUCUAUUAUUACAUUUUGGCUGUGGUGCAGAAGGGAUAGCACAGGGGGUUACAGGAUGUCUGUUCCCCUUCAUCUGAUAAAGACUUAGAAAUGCUGCUACUUCUAAGUUUCUAUAAUACUUAAAAUAUGGAGGGAGGGAGAGGGGCAGAAAGAGAAGGAACUUCUAUUGCCAAAUUUAGAAGGAGGUAUGAGUGUUGUCCACAAAGAAAAAACAGAGUAAGAACACUGUUUUUAUCCUUCACAUCUCUCAUGGCCAUUCUGUGCCUUGUGUCUGUGUUUUGCUACAGUUGAGUAUUUGCAUGAAUUUUUUGAGGAAAACAGGCCUCCAGUGUGGAACUCUCUGCUCACUCAAAUGCUGAGAAAUAUUUUCUUCUUUAUUCUUGUGUGUGGAUUUUUUUUUCCCCUUCUGAAUUUCCAGAUUUAUAAAUUUCAGUGAUUCUGCUUUAUUACACGUCAUUGGCAUUUUCCAACCUUUUCUGAAGACUUGACAGGAAUGGGUGAAGGGACCCACAGCAUUUCUGCACUCCCUUGGCAAGGUUCCCUUUCCCCAGCUGAGCAGGAAGAACAAUGUAAGAGAUGAAAAUUCAUUGGUUGCCUUUGAUUUAUUUUCUCUGUUUCUCCUAUUUCCAUCCCUUCUCCAUUUGAAGGCUGCUCAGAUUUCAGCUGGGCUGUGGCAAGCCGGGUGUGGAGAGUGUCUUUUGUAACCAACAUGGCAGGAAGGAGACUGACAAACAACAGCCCUCAAAACUGGGCUUUGCAUUGUGGCAAAUGCUCAUCUUUUAUUCCCACGUUUCUGAGCAGUUUGGAUUUUAAUGUAUUGAUUUUCAUGGCAGGAGCUUGUUUGAAAUUGUAUAAUGACAGUUGAGACACUGUCAAACUGUCCUGUCUUCUGCUCUUUAGAGCAGGGUUAGGGACCUCUGUGGAUAUUUUGCCAAUAUGGCCCAGCUCAUUUAAAAUGAAUUCCUGAAAUUAAUUUUGAGGAUUAUUUGUAAGGAAUACGAAGCAUUUGCACUAACAUCAGCUUACACUGAUAUUACUAUAAAAAAUAGACAUAGGCAUAGACAUAUUUAUCAAUGGAUCACUUAAAAUACUUCAAGAUCAAUCAACUUGUUUCCAAAUGUCCCCUACUUAAGGAGAUGGAAAUUGAUAUUUCUGUAGUGGGCAGCCUAAUGUGCCCUUGUGAUUAAAGACUGAAAUUCAGUUCAGUCCAGGACUCAAAUAACAUUGAUUGUUGUAGAAUUCCUUUCCCAGUUAGAUUUAUUUUAACACUUUACCUGAGAUCAUUGGUUUACAAUUGACUUUCAUGUUGAAAGCAUUCACUGUAGUUGCUCUGCCUAUGGAGAAACCUUUGGAUAUGUUUACUGUUACUGCCAGUGGGAGAGUUUCCAGUAUUAUAAAAGCGCUGCCUGAUUUCUGCCGUUUGUGGUGGUGGUUCUGGUAUUUGCAUUUCAGUUGUGAUCAUCCAGCCACGCUUCAUGUGGAAAUGGAAUUCUCAAGUUCAUGUAAUGAUCUGCAUGUAAAAAAUUGCCCAGCUCACGUCAAACCUGUGUGUGGUACAAUAAGUUUUCCUUUUUGAGUUCUCCUUGCCUCAGGUUCACUGCGGGACAGCCAAGGUGUGUCCCCAGGAAAGCCAAACAAACAGAAAAUAAAG